UACCUUCUUCUACUUACCCAUCAAUCGGUCGGCUCCAGGUAUCGGAGUAGGAUCGACAAAGAUACAUCUCCGCUGUAUUGUAUCGAUUGGAUUUUUCAUCUUCAAUUUCGAUUAGAACAUCAGCUAAAAAGGUGAACUGGUGCAACGGGAUCACACCGCGUCAUGUCCGGAACGAUUCUGGAGAAUCUCAGCGGCAAGAAGCUCAGCAUUCUUGUUUCGUGUCUGCUGUUUCUGCAAUUUCUUUGCUUCCUGUUGGGUGGUCUUAUAGCUCCUGUGCCAUCGAGUGUGCAAACUAUUUUAGCUACAAUCUGCAAGGACGUGCCCGGUUCGCACAAUGACACUUCCAUUUGGUUGUAUUCCCGCGGGGAGGAUCACUGCCAAAGUUUGGACCAUCUGGACAUCGAGAACCACGACCUUAAAAUGGCCAACCAAAUUGUUUUCGUGUUUCAAAUGCCACUGCCGCGGGAAGGUCGCCAGUUGGACUAUUCUCGGUGGCAGCAGAAUCUGAUCGGUGUCCUCCAGACAGACAUUGCCUACGAUAAGAACAUACUGCUAAAGCCACAUUCCAAGAUGACUAUUGAUGCACGGUUGGCGUACCGUAAUAAAGGUGAUUCCGAUCAGGAUUGGAAAUAUCUUGCUUCGUCGCUGGAACGACGCGAUCUAGAUUGUGCCGCAGACAACGUAACUGACGAAUAUUUGUACAACUGCAAUGCCAUUCCACUAUUUGAACUGGGCUCUCUGCACCAUGAUUAUUAUCUACUGAACGUGCGGCUUCCGGUCGACAGCGAUUUAAAGAUGAAUCUGGAUAUCGGUCACAUUCAAGACUUGCAUCUGUCGGUUAUCUACCAGAACGGUGGAUUCACGAAAAUAUGGGUUUCGUUGAAAACUGUUUUUCUGCCUUUUGUCGUUAUCAUUAUGGCUUGGUUCUGGCAGCGCGUUCAUCUGCUUCAACGUAAACCCGCUUUACUGGAGUAUAUGUUGCUUGCUCUCGGUAGUGCUCUAACUUUCUUGAAUCUUCCUCUGGAAUAUCUAACACUGGUUUUCGAUAUGCCGUUCAUGCUUUUGUUAAGUGAUAUACGCCAAGGUAUAUUUUACGCUUGCUUGUUGUCAUUCUGGCUGGUGUUUGCCGGGGAGCACAUGCUCAUCCAAGAAUCUGGCGAAAAAUCUACUCUCAAAACCUAUUGGAAACAUCUGAGCGCGGUAGCUGUUGGAUGUAUUUCGUUGUUCAUGUUCGACAUGUGCGAGCGUGGUGUACAACUAAGAAAUCCCUUCUACUCGAUUUGGGUUUCAAGGAUUGGCUCUACCGUUGCUCUUGGUUUUAUAAUUCUGGCGGGCAUCUCGGCAGGACUAUACUUCCUAUUUCUUUGCUACAUGGUUUGGAGGGUAUUCUGCAAUAUAAAUCUUAAAAGGACAUCACUCCCAUCAAUGUCAUCGGCUCGCCGUCUACACUACGAAGGGAUAAUCUAUCGCUUCCAAUUCCUAAUGUUGGCCACCCUGUUGUGUGCAGCCCUUACCGUGAUUGGCUUCAUCAUCGGUCAAGUAUCGGAGGGUCGUUGGAAGUGGGAUGAGAACAUUGAUCUGGAAUUUACCUCAGCCUUUUUCACUGGAGUCUACGGCAUGUGGAAUAUCUAUAUCUUUGCCCUGAUUGUUCUCUAUGCUCCGAGCCAUAAGAAAUGGCCAGCCAACGAAACUACCGAACACAUUAUCAGCGAAGAGAUCGAAUUUAGUAAUCUACCUUCCGACUCGAACCCGAGUGAAAUUUCAUCCCUGACGCAGUUUGCUCGCAAAGCAGCAUUAGACUAAAUAUGUUAUUUUCUGCAUAAUAUGAUCAGUAUUCGCUUUUAAUAUUAUAAUGUUUUAUCUAUACACACAACAACUGCUUUUAAAAAUAACUUUGAGGAACGAUACAACGACGUUUUGUAGACAUUGUAAUACCCAUAAGCAUCUGCGAUUGUAAGACAAAUUGCGGAAAGUCAUUCAGUCAUCAUAUAAGCCAAUCAUAAAGAAUGCUUAUAGCCUUCAAUAUGGGCUACCGCCGAAUUAAGGUUUUUUGCAUUUUGUCAUCCAACUUAAUCUAUGCUUGCAUCUUCUUCAUUUUUCUAAUUCAGCAACAUAGCUGUCAUUCAAAGCCCUAGAAAUAGCAAAUGUAUUAACCACGUGUGAACAAUAUUCAGUAUUAUGUAUAGAUUAGUGUCAUAGUUGGAGUGAGCGCUCAUGUGUCUAUAAGCUGUGUUUAAAACGUGAUCAAAAAUGGAAACCGUAAUCAUAAAUAAUCUUUUUAAUAAACUCACAUCUUGUCAAAAA